AAAAAAACAGAGCAGGAGCAAAGCAAAUUAAACCCAACACAUGUAAUGGAUCGCGCUGGAGUUGUGGAGUUGUAAGGGGCGCUGAUUCUGAGAUGUUGAUGAUUCGUGGCACGCAACAAGAUGGCUCUAUCAAAGUAUGAAUCAACCCGGGAAACCACAAACCUUGCGCGCGUAGGUCGCAUUAUUCUGGGUCCAUGCACUGAUAUACUACUGGAUAUUCUUAAGAAAGAAAUAUCACCCUCAGCCCUGUCCCGCAAGCUGAAAACGUUUAUUGGUAAAACACCAAAACACAAAAAGUGCCCGAUCAGUUUACAGCAGGCACAACUCGUAUAUGGCGGAAAGUACCAAGACUUCGAUAUCACAUUGCUCUACGUUCUUUUCCGUAACGUGUGCUCAAUCCCACCACACGCAAAUCAAUGGGGAAAUGAUCCUAGCACAGGAGAUAGGAGUCUGUCAGCAAACAUAGAACGAAUUCGUAUUAUUCGAAACCAAUUUUAUGGACAUCCUAAGAAAAUUUCUCUUUCUGACACAGUUUUCAAAAAAACAUGGAACAAUAUUUUUCAAAUUAUUAAAGAACUAGAGGGAUACCUGUCAAAUGGAACCACAUAUCAGGACGCUGUAAAAGAAAUAAAAAUAUGUUCUAUGCAAGAUGCUAUUGUUCAGCGUGAAGAACCUCAGCUUGAUCAAAACAUUUUUGAGCAGUGGCAGGAAGAAAACAAAAAUUUUGUCGUAACAAACGCAUGUAAAGAAGUAGAAAAACUUACCAGAAAUCAGAAUUUGGUGAUUGUAACAGGUCAUUCAGGUGCAGGAAAGUCUGCCAUUAUUCAACACAUUGCUUUGAAAUAUAGGAGUCAAGGUUGGAUGGUGAAACUUGUAAAUGAGGUAAAGGAAAUUUCAUAUUUGUAUUCGUCAGCAAUACAAAACAAAUCCAUUUUUGUCCUUAAUGAUCCAAUUGGCAAACAGUAUUUUGAUGAAAUUGCAUACAAUUCUUGGGAAUCACAUGAGGAGACAUUGAAAAUUUGUUUGAAGAAAGUGAAAGUUCUUCUGUCAUGCAGGAAAUAUAUUUUGUGUGAUGAAAGAGUAACAUGCCUUUUAAUGGAUAAAGCAAACUCUGUAGACAUUAAUAAUGUCAAUCUAAGACUCAAUAAUGGUGAAAAACUGAAAAUUUGGAACAUUCACUCGAACAACUAUAAAUUAUUAAAGAAAGAGUUUGCUGAAAUUUUUGAAAUUGAAGAAUACUUUCCCCUAUUAUGCAAACUAUAUUUCACCAAUGCCCGAAAAAUAAAUGAUGGAUUCCUAAAAUUUUUCAAAGAGCCAAUCUUAGUUGUUGAAAAAGAAAUAAGAAGUUUCAGAACAUCAUGUAAAGAAAAAUACUGUGCUCUAGUUCUUCUUGCUUUUUUGAACGAUGGUCUUAGCAUCAACGAUUUAUCGGAAAACGAGAAUUCGAGAGAAAAAUUUAAACUAGCAUUGAAACUGUGUGGAAUGCAGGACAGCACAGCACCGUAUAUUAUUGGGGACACUCUUAAAACACUGCAGGGUUUUUUUGUUAAGAUGAUUGGCGAUACCUAUCAUUUUUAUCACGACUUUGUGAUGGAAGUUACCACUCUUGUUUUUGGAACAGAUUAUCCAACAGUUGCAAUAAAGUACGCCGAUGUCAGUUUUUUCAGAAAAAGAGUAAAAUUAAUAGAUAAUAACUCCCAAAACGAUAGAUUUACAAUAUAUUUAAGUGACAAACACAUUGCCGAUCUUGGACAAAGACUCUUUACUGAUCUUUUGGGAGAGCAUUUCAUACAUGUUGUUCUCAAUCCUUGUUUGAAAGACACGAGGAUGAUACAAGUUUUAAUAAAAGAAUUUGAGGAUCAACCAGGAAAACUUCCAUUAUUAUUGGAAAAGAAAGAACUCCCAGAGGAACAAGAACCCAAUGUAGCUAAAAAGUUAUAUUUUACGAGACUUUCGUUUUUAAAACUAAAAAAAGGGAUAUCACCUCUUUGUGCACUGAUUGUAUAUUGCCAUACACAACUUUCGGAACAUUGUUUAAAGGUUUUUAAAGGCAUGCAGACUGAUAUUAUUGAUGACUUUCUCUUUUCUUCAGUUUGUUGCAAUGGCUCUUUAGAUUUGUUCGAUUUUCUUUUGAAAAACACGUCAAAAGAAUAUUUGACAGAAAAAUGGGAAAACUUUAGUCCUAUUCAUAUCGCAUCAAUGUUCCAUAAUUUUGAAAUACUCGAUGAACUCAUUAGGUUGGGGUUUAAUGUGAAUUUAUUGACUGCACAAAUGAACUUGACUCCUUUGCUGCUAGCUGCUGGGAAUAAUUCAACUACCAACAACGAGACUGAGGACCAGAGUUCCAGUAAAGCAAGACGAAAUAAAACCGUUCAAAUUUUGCUGAGUAAUGGAGCAGAUAUCAAUUUAUGCACUGAGAGUGGAGUCAGCCCUCUCUAUAUAGCUUGCUAUAAUGGGCAUAUAAGUACAGUACGACUUUUAUUGAGUCAUGCAGCAGAAAUUGAUUUAUGUGAUGAUAACGGAGCAAAACCGUUUCAUAUAGCAUGUCAAAACGGACAUUAUAGGAUUGCACACCUUUUACUUAGAAAGGGAGCAAACAUUAAUUCGUGUAUGACAAAUGGUGCCAGUUCUCUCUAUUUAGCGUGUGAAAACGGAUAUGAUGGCGUCGUACAAUUUUUAAUAUGCAAAGGAGCAGACGUCAAUUUAUGUAAACACAAUGGAUUUACACCUCUUCACAUAGCCAGCGAAAACAACCAUGACAGUACUAUUGUAAUAUUACUGAGUAAAGGAGCAGACAUCAAUUUUCAAACGAAAUCUGUAGCAAAUUCUCUUUAUAUAUGCUGUAAAAAUGGAUACGAAAGUACUGUUCAACUUUUACUAAAGAAUGGAGCAGAUGUUAAUUUAUGCGAUACGAGCGGAGCAAGUCCUUUUUAUAUUGCUUGUCAAACCGGAAAUGAAACCAUUGUGCAACUUUUAUUACACAACGGAGCCGACAUUAAUUUAUGUUUAAAAGACGGAUCUAGUCCUCUGCACAUAGCGUGCAUUAAAGGAAAUGAUAGCAUUGUAAAACUCUUACAACGUAAUGGAGCAGACAUUAAUUCAUGUAAAAAUAAUGGAAUUACACCUCUGUAUGUAGCCAGUGAAAACAGACAUGAAAGCACAGUGAAACUAUUACUUAGUCAAGGGGCAGACAUUAAUUUGUGUGAUAAAAACGGAAUCAGUCCUCUCUAUGUAGCUUGUGAAAGAGGACACGAUAGCACUGUUCAAGUUUUACUUAGUAAAGGGGCAGACAUUAAUCUAUAUGGAAAAAGCGGAGCAAGUCCUCUUUAUGUAACUUGUCAUAUCGGACAUGAGAGCACAGUGAAACUAUUACUUAGUCAAGGGGCAGACAUUAAUUUGUGUGAUAAAAACGGAAUCAGUCCUCUCUAUGUAGCUUGUGAAAGAGGACACGAUAGCACUGUACAAGUUUUACUUAGUAAAGGGGCAGACAUUAAUCUAUAUGGAAAAAGCGGAGCAAGUCCUCUCUAUGCAACUUGUCAAAACGGACAUGAUAACAUUGUACAACUUUUAAUCAGUGAAGGGGCAGACAUUAAUGUGUGUGAUGAAAACGGAAUCAGUCCUCUCUAUGUAGCUUGUCAAAACGGACAUGAUAGCACAGUGAAACUAUUACUAAAUCAAGGGGCAGACAUUAAUUUAUGUAAGGAACACGGAGUCAGUCCUCUCUAUGUUACUUGUCAAAACGGAUAUGAAUGCAUUGUACAACUUUUACUCAGUGAAGGGUCAGAAAUAAAUCUAUGUAAGGAAAGCGGUGCCAGUCCUCUUUAUGUUGCUUGUCAAAAUAGACACGAUAGCACUGUACAAGUUUUACUCAGUAAAGGGGCAGACAUAAAUCUAUGUACUGAAAACGGAAUCAGUCCUCUCUAUGUAACUUGUCAAAACGGACAUUAUAGCAUUGUACAACUUUUAAUCAGUGAAGGGGCAGACAUAAGUUUAUGUGAUGACAACGGAAUCAGUCCUCUCUAUGUAAGUUGUCAAAACGGACAUGAUAGCAUUGUACAACUUUUAAUUAGUGAAGGGGCAGACAUUAAUUUGUGUGAUGAAAACGGAAUCAGUCCUCUCUUUAUUGCUUGUCUAGAAGGACAUGAUAGCAUUGUACAAGUUUUACUCGGUAAGGGAGCAGACGUUAAUUUAUGUGAAGAAAAUGGAGCGAGUCCUCUCUUUAUUGCCUGUCUAAACGGAAAUGAUAGCAAUGCACUACUUUUUUUGAGCAAUGGAGCAAACAUUAAUUCAUGUACAAAGAACGGAUUCAACCCUCUCUGUAUAGCUUGUGAAAGCGGACACGAUAGCACUGUACAACUUUUACUCAGUAAAGGGGCAGACAUUAAUUUGUGUAAUGAAUGCGGAAUCAGUCCUCUUUCUGCGACUUGUCAAAACGGACAUGAUAGCACAGUGAAACUUUUACUAAGUCAAGGGGCAGACAUUAAUUUAUGUGAUGAAAACGGAAUCAGUCCUCUCUAUGUAACUUGUCAAAACGGACAUGAUUAUAUUGUACAACUUUUAAUCAGUGAAGGGGCAGACAUAAAUUUAUGUGAUGAAAACGGAAUCAGUCCUCUCUAUGCAACUUGUCAAAACGGACAUGAUAGCACAGUGAAACUAUUACUAAGUCAAGGCGCAGACAUUAAUUUGUGUGAUGCAAACGGAAUCAGUCCUCUCUAUGCAACUUGUCAAAACGGACAUGAUAGCAAAGUGAAACUAUUACUAAGUCAAGGGGCAGACAUUACUUUGUGUGAUGAAAACGGAAUCAGUCCUCGCUAUGUAACUUGUCAAAACGGACAUGAUAACAUUGUACAACUUUUAAUAAGUGAAGGGGCAGACAUUAAUUUGUGUGAUGAAAACGGAAGCAGUCCUCUCCAUGUAGCUUGUCAAAAUGGAGAUGAUAGCACAGUGAAACUAUUACUCAGUAAAGGGGCAGACAUUGAUUUAUGUGAAGAAAAUGGAGUUAGUCCUCUCUAUAUUGCUUGUUAUUACGGACAUAUUAGCACAGUGAAACUAUUACUCAGUCAAGGAGCAUGCAUUGAUUUAUAUAAUAAACACGGAGUCAGUCCUCUUUAUGUAGCUUGUCAAAACGGAUAUGAAAGCAUUGUACAAAUUUUACUCAGUAAAGGGGCAGACAUAAAUCUAUGUACUGAAAACGGAAUCAGUCCUCUCUAUGCAACUUGUCAAAACGGACACAAUAGAACUGUACACGUUUUACUCAGUAAAGGGGCAGACAUUAAUUUGUCUGAUGAAAACGGACUCAGUCCUCUCUAUGUAGCUUGUCAUAGCGGACAUAUAAGAAUAGUGGAAUUAUUACUUAGUCAAGGGGCAGAUUUCAAUAUAUGUUCAAAAAGUGGAGUCAGUCCUCUCUUUUUUGCUUGUCAUAACGGACUUAAUAGUACUGUACAACUUCUACUCAGUAAAGGGGCAGACAUUGAUUUAUGUAAUGAAAAUGGAGACAGUCCUCUCUAUAUUGCUUGUUAUAAUGGGUAUAUUAGCACAGUGAAACUAUUACUCAGACAAGGCGCAGGCAUUGAUUUAUGUAAUAAACACGGAGUCAGUCCUCUCUAUAUAACCUGUGAAAGCGGACACGAUAGCAUUGUACAAGUUUUACUCAGUAAAGGGGCAGACAUAAAUUUGUGUGAUGAAAAUGGAAUCAGUCCUCUCUUUAUUGCUUGUUAUAACGGACAUAUUUACACAGUGAAACUAUUACUCAGUCAAGGAGCAAGGAUUAAUUUAUGUAAUGAACACGGAGUCACUCCUCUUUAUGUAGCUUGUCAAAACGGAUAUGAAAGCAUUGUACAACUUUUACUGGGUAAAGGGGCAGACUUAAAUCUUUGUAAGGAAAGCGGUGCCAGUCCUCUUUAUGUAGCUUGUCAAAACGGACAUGAUAGCAUUGUACAAGUUUUACUCAGUAAAGGGGCACACAUAAAUCUAUGUAAGGAAAGCGGUGCUAGUCCUCUUUAUGUAGCUUGUCAAAAUGGACACGAUAGCACUGUACAAGUUUUACUCAGUAAAGGGGCAGACAUAAAUUUUCAAAUGAAUACGGAUUCAGUCCUCACUAUGUAGCUUGUCAAAACUUACAUGAUAGCACAGUGGAAUUAUUACUUAGUCAAGGGGCAGAUUUCAAUAUAAGAACAAAAUGUGGAGUCAGUCCUCUCUAUUUUGCUUGUCAUAAUGGACUUAAUAGCACUUUACAAGUUUUACUCAGUAUAGGGGCAGACAUUGAUUUAUGUGAUGAAAAUGGAGACAGUCCUCUCUGUGUAUAGCAUGUGAAAGCGGACACGAUAGCAUUGUACAAGUUUUACUAGGUAAAG